AUCUGGCAGAAGUCAACGAUAAGAAAUGAAAAAUCGAUCAUCUGUGAAAGAGUUCAUUCUCCUGGGAUUAACAGAUGACCCAGAGCUAAACAUUUUGAUUUUUCUAUUUUUAUUUUUCACAUAUGUACUGAGUAUAACUGGAAACCUGACAAUUAUCACCCUUACUCUCAUAGAUUCUCACCUCAAAAUUCCCAUGUAUUUCUUUCUUAGGAAUUUCUCUUUCCUGGAAAUCUCAUUAACAACAGUUUGUAUUCCUAGAUUUCUGGUCAGCAUUAUAACUGGAGACAAGACCAUAUCUUAUAAUUCUUGCAUGGCCCAGGUGUUUUUCUUCAUACUCUUUGGUUCAACAGAAUUUUUCCUUUUGACGGUUAUGUCAUAUGAUUGUUAUGUGGCCAUCUGUAAGCCAUUGCAUUACACAACAAUAAUAAGCAGCAGAAUAUGCCUCCAGUCUGUGAUUAUCUCUUGGCUGGCUGGAUUUCUUAUUAUCUUUCCACCUGUGAUUGUGGGGCUUCAACUGGAUUUCUGUGACUCCAACAUCAUUGACCACUUCACCUGUGACUAUUCUCCUAUGUUGCUGAUUGCCUGCACAGACACCACAUUCCUACAGCUCAUGGGAUUUGUCAUAGCAAUAUUUACUCUCGUACUAACCUUAUCACUAGUGAUUCUGUCCUAUGCAUUCAUCCUCAGAACAAUUCUGAAAAUCCCCUCUGCUGAGAAAAGGAAAAAGGCUUUUUCCACUUGUUCCUCACACAUGUUUGUUGUCUCCAUUUCUUAUGGAAGUUGCAUUUUCAUGUAUGUUAAAACCUCAGCAGAGGAAGGUCUGGCUUUUACCAAGGGCAUAGCAGUGCUCAAUACUUCUGUUGUCCCAAUGCUAAAUCCUUUCAUUUACUCCCUAAGGAACCAACAGGUAAAACAGGCCUUUAAGAACUUAGUCCAAAGAUGCUUCUCAAAUAAAUUUUGGUUAUAAAUUAAAAAACUGAAAUUUAAACUGAACUCUAUGUCUAAUAUAAUAUUAACA